UCCAAGUCCAGAAAACUACCUCAACAUACGGGACAGCUUACAUACCCACUAAACGCAAGCCUUUGCCUUUGCUCUCUCUCUCUCUCUCUCUCUCUCUACCGUGUUCCUCGCCCAAAUACUUUCUCAGCUUUUUCUAAGAGCCCAUUAGUUCUCUUUUUUUCUUUCUUUCGGCCACCCUAAAUAAUCUCUUUUUCUGCACCACAAGAUUCAAAACUACUUCUUCUUCAACUCGACUGGGUCAGAUCGUAGCUAGUCUUGAAACUCGGUCACAAUGUAAAUUUCAUUGUUUUGUUUCCAGCUGUUGGAGUAAUAUUGAGAUUGGUAGACUGGAGAAAAAGGGCAGACCUUUUUCAACAUUCUAGAUAAUGGAAAACCAUAAAACUCCAGAAACGCUUGAUGUUAAACUCCCAGAUGUUAAAACCCUAGAAGCUCAAAACCCAGACAACAUGAAUCUAGAAGAAGCUUCUGGGCCUUCGGAGUUAUUGGGCUCAAGUGAGAAUUUUACUGUAGAAGAAUCGAAUUUGGAGGUUCCUAUAGAAGAAAAUGCAAAAAAUAAUGUUGAAUUAGUGAACAGAGUUGGUGGCAUUGAAGCAGAGAAUUUGGAUGCCAGUGGUAGUACAAGUACAAUUGGUUCUGCUGAUGUGAAUAAUGUUGGAAUCAAGAAGGCUUCUUUGGUUGAUGUUGGUGUUGAUAGGGCAAUUGAGAAUGGAAAGGGUUCCACAGUAGCGGAAUUGAAUGAAAAUUUAGUGGAUUUGGGUAGUUCUGUGCGUGAGGAAGUUGAAGUUGAAAAGACUGUGAAAGAUGAGCAGUUGAAGGAGGAUGAGCUGCUAGGAUUUGAUAGAGUUGUGUCUGGUAGGAAGCUAGAGAUUUGUGGAGGCAAUAUAUCACUUUAUGUAGAUUUUUCUGAUUCUCUGAGUAGGGUAAAUUUUGGCAAUCUCAAAGACAUGGAUGCUCAAGAGGAGUCUAAAGAAGUUGGUGAUGAGGAGAUGGCAGAGCUAAGGGGGAAGUUCCAUGUAGGCGAUAUUAUAUGGAUUAAAACCAAAAAUCAGUCUUGGUGGCCUGGAAAGAUUUAUGAUCCAUUAGAUGCAAGAAAAUAUGCUGUGGGGAGUGACCAGAGGAACUGCCUGUUGGUUGGUUAUUUGGGAAGUAGCCACGUUGCAUGGUGCUUGCCAUCUCAAUUAAAGCCUUUUCAUGAGAAUUUUGAACGGAUGACUGGGCAAAACAAGUCCAGAAGCUUUUUAAGAGCAGUACAGAAAGCGGUGGAUGAGUUUGGUAAGUGCCUGAAAUCAGAGAUUACUUGUCCUUGUAUCCUCAAAGAAAUUCAGCAAUCAUCUGAUAUUGUUGAAAUUCAAGGGGCUUCUUUGCCAGGGAGCAGAUUCGGGGAAUUUUCAUGUAGCCAGGUUGAACCAGUGAAGUUUCUUGCGCAAAUUAAAAAUAUUGCACAGGCUGUCUCCCAGCUUGACAUGCUUGAAUUAACUGUAGCAAAGAAUUUUUUGUCAGCAUUUUAUCAUUCCAUAGGACAUAGUCAGUUGCCUAUGGAACAACUCUGGAAAUCAACUGAUGACCAAGACAAUUCUGGUGACAAGUUAAUGGCAAAAGGUCAAAUUGAUGCUCAAGUUGGAGGGCAAAAUUCGGGACCUGCCAAAGGGGAAUCACAAAGCACAGAGGAUAAAGUUCUACUGCAUAAGAAGAAUGAAGGCCUAGCCACAAUUUUUGGAGGGGAUCUGGAUACUAUGGCAGAGAUUUGCAAAGGCAACCUUCAUGAAGGAAAUGGUGUCCCAAAUGAUCUGGCAUCAAAUUCUAAUAAGAGAAAGAGGAAGAGGUGUUUUGAACUUAAAGUUGAAGGUCAAGAAAUUAGCCUAUCAGCUUCUCCAUCUAAGGAGAAUAUGUGUAUCUUGGGAUCUCCAACAACAGUAGAAAGGAGCUCUGAGUUGAGAGAAAGGAAGAAGAGCAAGUACUUAUCAUAUCCCUAUGUCAAUUGGGAAUAUAAAGACUUGCCUAGUGAAACAGAAGACCCCAAGGCUCAGAAAGCUUCUCAAGAGCCAGAAUGUGAAAAAACAGUUGCUGAUCAAUUAAUUGGACCCCUUUUGAUUUCUAAAUCUAAUGGGAAGAGGUUUCAGAAGAAAUGGUUCAGAAAAUUCAUAAGAGGGAAUGAUGCUUCCAGUAACCCAGAGUUGAUAGAUGCAUCUGUGGGCAAUUUGCUUUCUGAACUGUGUUUCAUAGCUGUCGAUUGUCUGUAUCCAAAUGAGAGUAAAAACUUUGAUUUAAUAGAGUGGUUCUUUUCAAGGUUCAGAAUAUCAGUAUUUCAUGAUGAGUCCAUUUAUGAGAUGCAUUGCAAGAAUGUGAUUGGGAUCAGUAACGAAGCAUUGCUGGGAAAGGAUACACAGGAGACAAGCCAGACUUUGCCAGAUGUUAAGGCUGAGCACAAGAUGCAGAAGAAGAAGAAAAAUGGAAAAUCAGGUAGAUCGAAAAUUAAAUCUCUUGAUGGAUUAUCAGAUGUGAAUGCAAAUAUUGCUGCUGAUGGCUUAUCUGAGAUGGGCCCUUCCACGCUGAAUGGAAAACCUAGGUCAAAGAAGAAAAAAAAGAAGCAAGGAGGAAAUCCUACAGAUCUACGCACCAACCAAACAACAAGCAUACCAGACUUGAAUGGCAAUGGUACUAUGACAAAUUCGUUGAUAGAAAAUUCUGAGCUGACAAACCAUGUUGAACUUGAGCCAAAUGCAAGGGAGAAGCCAGUGGAUGUAAAUUUAAGUAAUGUGGCACCCAGAACCUUGUCAGUAGAUUUACAGGUGACUGGUCCAUUUUCGAUAAAUUCGAUUCCUGAACAAAGUAGGAGGGAGGGGUUUACUGCUAGUGUACCAACUUCAAAUGUAAACUAUGCUAUUCCAGGUCCUUUGGCCAAUGGACCUUUAUUUAUUGGCUCACUUGCUGCUGAAGGUAAACCUAGCCCAAAAAAAAGAAAAAGAAAAGAUAAAUCAACUUCUAAGCAGGCUACAGUUGAUGCCAGUAUUGCUGGUAUGGAUGGGACUCCUGCUGAACCCAGCUUGUCGGCCAAAUCUGAAAAGAAGAGAGGAAGAAAAAAAGGAGUUACUUCACAGCGACCAAGAAAGAAAUCAGCUUUGGGGAUACCAGAUAUAAAUAUGAAUUAUGAUAAUGUGGAGACUAAUGGCGAAGCUCCAGGGACUGCUCUGCUAUUAACAUUUGCUCCAGGAGUGUCCAUGCCUUCGAAAGAAGUUCUGGUUGCAACAUUUGGCAGGUUUGGGCCCUUGAAGGAGUCAGAAAUGCAGUUGUCAAAAGAUUCUGGUAUUGCCCAAGUUGUUUUUGCGACAAGCGCUGAUGCUGCAGAAGCAGUUAGAAGCUUAGAGAAUACAAGUCCCUUCGGUGCAACCCUUAUCAACUACCAACUUCAUCUUUCAGCUGGUGCAGCUACUGAGGGAUUCAGGACACCUGCAAAGUCUUAUGGGUCAGUGCCAAACCCUGCUGAUGCUCCUCCCAUUGACUUCAUAAGGCAGAAUCUAGAGAUGAUGACAUCAAUGCUGGAGAAGUCAGGAGAUAACCUCUCUCCUGAAAUGAAAGCCAAAUUGGAGAGUGAAAUUAAAGGCCUUCUGAAAAAGGUGAGAUCCUUGCCUAGCUCUUCCUCUCCUUAAUUGGAACUGUAAGUUAUUGAAUUCUGUGUCAGGUUGUUCACUAGAUUAGAAAUGUCUAGGUUGUUUUCAUAAACUUCUUUUAUUAGCUGUUGCUUUUUCAGCCAGCUCUCUCUCUCUCUCUCUCUCUCUCUCUCUCGCUGAAUGUUAAUGUGAGGACUGAGAACUUAUGCGGUUAACUGCAUUGAGAGGGCAUAUGCAGUGGCUAAAUCAAGGGACCUACAUGUAUCAAUAUCAUUGUUCUUUUCAUA